AUGACUACUGCUGAUUCGGAUUCGCAGCAAGGCUUGCUGACUCAAUUGUUCGAAAAGGCCGAAGCCGAAUUCCCUCCACGGUUUCGCGAGCAUGGAUGGUAUCUGACCGUGAUCGCAUCGCUGAUCGGCAGUGGGCAACAAAAGCUCGUCGGUCGGCUGUACGAGCAUCUAGUCGCCCAGCCCCAGUACCAAACCUCGGCUGCUCGACAGGCACUGGUCCGCCGUAUGAGGGAGGCGAUGGUCAAGUGUAUCAUCAUCAAUGGGAUACCGUCUGUCAUUGAGGCGGUCACGUCUGUUGCAGAUGUGGAGAAGCCCGAGGAUUGUGACUAUUCUUGCUCAAGAGAGGAUUGGCAGGUCGGUCCAGAGACAUCGGAACGCGCUGCAAACGUCCUCAAGGUGCUUUACAAGAGCGAGAAAGGCGGUCAUGUCAAGACUCUGCAGUCCCAUCGUGAUAUUCCCUGGAUCUCAGUAAACAUCUCUUACGGCCUGUUUCUGUCAGAUCAUCGAAUUCUCAAUAUCCAGGAGACCGAGCUGGUUGUCCUUCCCGCCAUCAUGGCCCAGAACCUCCGUGCCCCAACAUACUGGCAUCUCAGAGCUUGUCUCAGAGUGGGAAUCGAAGCAGAAGAGGUCGAAGCUGUGCAAAAGAUCAUCGAGGCCAUAGCAGCGCACGGCGGCAGGACCCUGGACGUUCAACGUGUUCGAGAUGUGACAGAUGCUUGA